CUCCAGUCUAAGUCUUUUCAUCCCACAAAAUGUUCAAGAUCCUGGCAUUGCUCAUCCUUGGUGUCCUAAUUAGCAGCAGCGUUCUUGCAGCGCCUACUACCGAGGAUAUCCCAACUGUGUCCAUUAUAGAUAUGCAGCAUAUUAAGAAUGUGGAUGGCUCCUAUCAGUACAGCCAUGAGAAUAGCGAUGGCACAUCUCAUCAGGAAACGUCUGUCGUUAAGAAUGCCGGCACCGAAGAUGAGGCGAUGGAGGUGCAAGGCAGCUACAGGUAUAUCAAUGAGAAUGGCGAAACGGUUGAGGUGAGCUAUACGGCUGGCGUGGAUGGUUUUGUGCCCAAGGGUUCCAUCAUUAAUCCUGAGAUCACAGCAGCCGCCGAGGCAGCCAAAGAUCUGCCCAAACCGGACAUGAAUCAAGAAUAGAUGGCGAAAUUGAAAUUCUUAUUUAAUUUUAAAGUGGCAGCGACAAACGAAUAAAAGGAAGGCAUAAGAAUAAAUCGCAAAUCCAAAAUAAAUAUUAUU